AUUCCGUGAUAUAAAUUGCAUCUGUCCAUAAAUAUAAAUAUUAAAAAUUAAUUUAUCAGAAUAACAUUUAUUAAAAAUCAAUUGCUGAUGUAAUUAAAAGUUGGGUAAUUUUGUAACUUAGUAAAUAUAUAUGUACAUAUAUAUAUCUAUAUAUUUAUGAGGAUAAAAAUAAAGAUACAUUACAUAUUACGUUGCGUGGUAACUCAGAUACAAUUGACACUUAUAAUAGAUUUGUUUACAAUGGUUUCACUGGUACCUAAUAAUGUUACAAUUUUUUAAGAAAACAGGUAGAGACAAAUUUAAAUCUCAAAGCUCACCUGCCAAGUCAACGAGCUCUGGAAAGUCAUUUGUUGAUGGUUCGCCGCUGACAAGAGGCUCGACAUUGUCAACGUCAACAUCGUCAUCGUCGAUAGGAGCAACAUCAUCUAUUUUAUCACGACCAUUAGCGUCUCGUAGUCUAGAAGAAGAGGAAGCUGACGAUGACGAAGAGAUACGUGACAGUUUAAAAAUAGAAAUAUCAUCAGCACGCUCGCGGUUGUCCAAAACAUUGAGUGAGAUACUCGAUGACAAAGAUGCGCUUGGGUACUUCAUGCAAUUCAUGGAGAGCCGAGGUAAAUUAGCGCUAAUUAAAUUCUGGAUGGAGGUUGAAUUUGUCAGGGAAACAGCUGAUGAGAAUAUUAUUGUCAAUAAUAUUAAUUCAAAUGAUAAUCUUACGGCUGAUGACAAUGAUAAUUGUCUGAAAACCGGCUGUAAUGGUGAUAAUGAUAAUAAUGAGGAUAGUAAAGAUAAGGAUAAUAAUGACUUUGAAAAUAAUCAACGACCAAAGACUAGGUUAAUGUUAGAUAAUUCAAUGAAUUGUAAAAGUCAUGAUGGUGAUAGUGAAGGAAUGUCUAGUGUUUUUCAGGACGCUUUGAAAAUUUAUAAUAGAUAUAUUGUUAAGGAUAAUUUGAGAUUGGGAGAGCUUACGGUUGAAUUUAAAGCCCAAAUUGAAGCUGCUGCGAAUAAUUUAAAUGCAGUUAUGCUAAUUAAUGGGUUACUCUUGGCGCAAAAGAUUGUUUAUAAAGUUUUGGAAGAUGAGUAUAUUAAUGAUUUUUUACGAAGUGAAUUUCAUUGUAAGCAUCAAAUAGAUGUUUUAACGAGUGGUGAUGUUAAAUUAGCUGAUAUAUUGUUCAACGAAACAGCAUUAUUUUAUUUUAUGGAGUUUAUGGAAGUAGAGAACAAACGAGAGUUACUGGAUUUCUGGAUGUCUGCAGUGAAUUACAAGCAAAAUCUUUUGGCAAAAACGACUAGUGACCCAACGGAAGCCCAAGCUGACGCUCUCGUAAUAUAUGAAAAGUAUUUUAGUCUCCAAGCGACAAUGCCUUUGGGUUUCACAGAUAAAAUAAGAUUUGAAAUAGAACAAAAUAUAUGUCGCGAAGGCGAUGAUGGCCCACAACCAGAUUGUUUCGACAAACCCAGUAUAAUUGUAUAUAAUUUUUUAACAAAACAUUAUCUACCUGCCUUCUUAUCUUCCCAAUUGUAUUACAAAUACUUAUCAGAGUUAAUCAGCGCGAUUCAAAGUGGCGCUUGUGCUUCUCACUCCCAUCAACGUUUGAAAAGAGCAGAGUCUGAUUGUAGCAGUGAAAUAAGUAUUUUUAGCCUAGGAAUGCACGAUACAUCACAAAUGAGUAAUAAUGAGGAUGAUAAUCGUUCAUCACGUGAUAAUAAAAUAAAUGAUAGUUUAAAUAUUGAUACUCGGCAACUUUAUGAUCCCGAUUCUCUCUGGAAACGUCAUAAGUACAGUUUGAGUGUCGGAUAUGUUGAUAGUAUGGGACGAUUCGUCACUGAAAUAGAACGAGAUCCUCAUCGUAAAUAUGAAUCUCGUUUAUCACGAGCAGUCAAGAGACUUAUCCACAUGGAAGAAGAUAAGGCUAAAGAAGAAUUAGCGUGGAAAAUAGCAGAGAUGAUUGUACGUGAGAUAACGUCGCUUACUUUGGGUGUACCAGAACUUCCAUCUUGAAUUUUAUUUAUUUAUUUUUUAUGUAAAGUAUAAAAUCUUAAUUUACUAAGAUUAUUUGCUGCCGUUACUGAAAAAAAAAAAAACGAGACUUCUCGUGCCAAAAUCAAUCGCCGAUUUUCCAAGUGUCGUACUAAAAUUUAUCUGUUUUAUUUACAUAUAAAUUUUACGUUCUAUUUAACUGAGAUUACUGCAUAGUAUUUUUUGAUGUUUUUAAAACUUUUUAUUGACAGUUAUUAUUAUUAUUAUUAUUUUAGUUAUCAUUAUCUUAUGUUCAGGAUUAUUUAAUAAUUAUAAAAGACUUGUAAAGUUUUUAUUCCAUUAGUGGCAUUAUUAUUUUAAAUAAAAAUAUUUUUUACUAAAAAUUCUUCCAAUAAUAUCAUCCAUGACUUUGAUAAGAUUUUUUUUUCUUUUAUGAUUACUGAGAAAUGUAAAUAAUUUUUCGUGCGAUUUAUUGUCAUUUUCUUAUCAAUAGUUAUUAUAAAAAAGUUUAUAUAUAAAUGUAUUGAUAAUUAUAAUUAAUAUCUUAUAAAACGAGUAUUGUAUUCGAUUAGAUAAAUAAGAGAAACUAUUUUUUAAAUCAGGAAAAAAAAAAUCCGAAGGUGCUAAACAUCCAAUUUGAUAAAAUGUUAAUUAAAAAAAUUUAAUUCACUUGAGUAAUAGAAUUGAAAAUUCACUGAAAAUUUAACAAUUAUUGUCUCAUGUGUAUAAGAAUGACUGUGUUGUAUAAAGGAUGGUCUACGUACCUGUAUAAUAAAUAAAAUAAAUAGAUAAUAAAAUUAUAAAUUACAUCAACAGUUUAAA